UCUUGUGGUGGCCGCUUCUGCUCCUGCCGCUCUUGGUGGACCUCUUGCAUACGCAAUGUGCCAGACAGGUUGUAACGGGCUAGCAGUUGCGUGUUAUGCAGCUGCUGGAUUCACUUUUGGCGUAACUAUCGUUGCUGCCCCUCCCGCCAUAAUGGCUUGCAAUGUCGGGCUCGGUACAUGCAUGGCCACUUGCGCCACUGUUGGGUUAUUCGCCCCGACGCCUUAAGGAAUAGUCGUGGUAAAUGGCGAGCGGAUAUGUUGCAUGGCUCGGUGUUUACGCGGCUUCUCCUCGCGCUGCUGGUGUCCAGUGACCCUUUCUGUCAUCCCGUCCAAAGGAGUGCUGUAUGAUAAAGAUAUCGUCGAGUUUUGUAUUUUAUACACAUUCUGGUUUCAUCGAAAUUGAAAGUGGUUUGACC